CACGCGCCGGCGUCCGGAAGAGACGACGGCGGCCGGCGGCCGGCAGGCUAGGGAGCGCGCGUGCGCGGGGGCCGUCUGGACGUCUGAGGCCGGGGACGGAACGAAAGCAUGGAGGGCGAGAGGACGUCGGCGAUGCUCUCGGGCUUCUUGUAUGGUUCCCUCGCUUUCCAGCACCUUAACUCCAACGCCGACACGGAAGGUUUUCUCCUUGGGGAAGAGAAAGGUGAAGCCAAGAACAGCAUUACAGACUCUCAAUUGAAUGAUGUUGAAGUUGUUUAUACAAUUGACAUACAAAGGUACAUUCCAUGCUAUCAGCUUUUCAGCUUUUACAACGCGGUAGGUGAAGUAAAUGAGGAGGCACUGAAGGAGGUCAUCCCAUGCUGCAAAAAGAAAGUUAUUGGAUGGUACAAAUUCAGGCGUAAUUCAGACCAAAUGAUGACGUUUCGAGAGAGGAUUAUUCACAAAAAUUUACAAAAACAUCUUUCAAAUCAGGGUCUUGUUUUUCUGUUACUGACACCAAGCAUAACCACAGAAAGCUGUUCUACUCAUAGGCUGGAUCAUGCAUUAUAUAGACUUCAGGAAGGAGUUUUCCAUAAAGUGCCUUUAGUGGUGGCCAACUUAGGUAUGUCAGAGCCGCAGGGAUAUAAGACUGUAUUGGGGUCCUAUACAUCCACUGCCUUUGGCCGAACAGUCCAUGCACAUAGGUCAGAAUUUUUUAAUGAAGAUGGAACUUUAAAAGAGGUACAGAAGAUAAGUGAACUAUAUGCCACCAUACAGGAAGAAUUAAAGGAAAUGUGCACUCAAGUAUUAGACAGUGAGCAAUUAGUAGACAAUUUAAUAAAGGAUAUAAAUAGACUAAAAGAGGAACUUGCAACAAGAAAGAGAGCAAAGACUCUUGUACCAGCAGCAAGAGGCCGUGACCCGGAAGCAGAGGAGAACGUUCUUCUGUGUCAAGCUUUACGGACGUUUUUCCCAAGUUGUGGAUUUCUUCAUUCAUGUAUUGUCUGUUUGAAAGGCAGGCAGGUCUCUACAAACUGCUGUAACACUGACCAUAAACUCCAUCUGGUGAGUAAAUUGACUCUGAUGCUAGAAAGCCCAGAUUUUCCAGAAGAAGAUGAUGGUGGUGAUGGUGGUGAUGGUGAUGAAGAUGAUGAUGAAACAAGAUGUGGAGUUAAGCAUAAAUCUCCUGACUCAGGAAAUCAGAGACCAUUAAAGAAAGCACGAGUGUCACAAACUCAUAAUCAGUCUCUUAAAAGAGAUCAUGAAAACAGUGAUCAGGAAAAAGAAUUGACAAGCAGUUUAGAAAUGGAUGAAGAUGCUGAGAAAUUGAAGGAUGCUACUGAAUAUCCAGGCUCACCAACUUUCUGAACCUUUUAUACAAUUUUUCUGAUUGUCCCAAUGGACCAAAAGGUAACAGGGGGGAAAAAGUAGUUCUAAUAAUUUUCUAAAGUGUUGCUUCAUUUAAAAUAUUUUGGAAACUUGUUAAAUUAGGAAUGUGGCCGUAUUUUUAUUAUAGUACUCUUGGAGUAAGGCAAAAAUUACUAGUCAUUUUUCAGGUUGUUUUUUUUGUUUUUGUAAAUAAAAUCUUUCACUGAAACUGUUAAUCCACUUUGUAGAUGAAAUAUUUCUAUAAAAACAAAGCCAUCAUUAAACCUGAGACUUUCUUUGUAAAGUUGGUCUAAGGAAUACAGGCCACACUGCAAAGUUAUAUUUCAGAACUCAACUACUCAAGUUUUCACUACAUACAUUUUCCCAUGCCUAAUCAGCAAUCAGGUUAGUCUUUCCUAAGUCUGAACUGGUCCUGCCUGAAUCAAGACAUUCUUUUUUUUUUUUGGUGGGGCAAUGAGGAUUAAGUGACUUGCCCAGGGUCACACA